AUGCGCUUCGACCAUCACGCACCCUUCAACAACCACCUUAUCACCUUAAAUUUUCCAAUUUUCCAAUCGUAUUGGUGCCCCUCGAACCCCAACUAUGGUUCUCUCACGCGCCCGAGCUCCACAACGGCCGAGGCCCAUCGUAUCAAGUAUAACUGGAUCAAGGGUGUGGAGACGCUCGAAGACUACCGACCCGGAGGAUUCCAUCCUGUUAUGAUUGGGGACAUUCUGCAUGAUCGAUACAUUAUUGUAGAUAAGCUAGGACAUGGUGGUUACUCCACUGGUUGGCUUGCCCGCGAUAAUCACCAGAAACAAUCCGUGGCGCUUAGACUGAGCACUGCAGACUCGGUCCCGGGGGAGAUCAAAGCCCUCAGAGCUUUGUCUCAACCAGCUGUGUCAGGGAAGACAACCUUUGAGGUGGAAGGUCCUAAUGGAAGACCCGCGUGCUACACAAUCUCGUUCAGCCGACGUUUCUCUCUUGAGGUUGCUCGGGCAUUGUCAUACAGUCUUGCACAGUCGGUUGCGUAUACGCAUUCACGAGAUAUCCACCUAAGCAAUAUUCUAGUCAAGCACCCGUCAAGCUUCGACAACCUAUCCAUUGAACAAUUCCACGAUAAUUACGGCAAGCCCGAAACGGUGUCCCUAUCACGCAAUCAAAUGGGGAACCCAUCCCUCCAAAUAUCCACAUAUCUGGAGCCUUCGACUGCAAUCUGGAAGAUUAUGGGAAUGAAGGCAAUUUUCAGUACGGACUUCGUGCCCGAGAAUGAGAUAAUUGCUCAGCAUAUUGAUGUGCUCGAACCUGGGCCUUUGGAUUGGUGGCAGCGGUGGGAAGGACGAAGCGCGUUUUUCGAUGAGGAUGGAAGCCCGUUGCAGUCAUACAAGGAAGAUCGAUGGCCUGUGCUCGAAGAAGGUUCAUUUGAACUUGGUAUACAGAAAGAGGGGAAAGAGAGGGACGCAUUUCUGGAUUUGAUCCGUCGAAUGCUGGCGUUCAGGCCCGAGGAAAGGAUUUCUAUUGAGGAGGUGUUGAAGUCAGAGUGGAUGGUGGAGUGGGCGUUGCCGGAUUAUGAGCGGAGCUCAAAAAGCCCUCAUUGAUUAGAGAGGUUAUGUGCGAGAGAUAUUCAGUUCGGUAUAGCUACCUUCUCUGUUCGCUGACUGCAACCCCUCUCCGGGAGAAAUAUGGGCAUUUGCGAAUCGCCUGGAAUACUCGAGCCCUACCGACAGUUCUGCUUUGAUGAGCAAUGUUGCAAAUGCUGUGGCAGUUCUCUAUCCAACUGAACACCGAAAGAGUCAC